GUAAUUCUUAAAACUAGCAAAAAAACCUUCGAACGAAAAUAAUUUUCUUGUAAAACAUACACACGAAUAUAUAAUAAUUAGCUAGAUUAGAUAGAAUGGCUUGGGCUAUAGCAGUACAUGGGGGUGCCGGAGUUGACCCUAAUCUUCCGAUGGAACGUCAAAAACAAGCGAAACAACUUCUCACCCGUUGCCUCAAUCUUGGAAUCGAUGCUCUUCGUUCUUCCGCAUCCGCCAUUGAUGUCGUUGAACUCGUUAUACGUGAACUGGAAUCAGAUCCACUGUUCAAUUCUGGUCGUGGAUCUGCAUUGACCGAGAAUGGAACAGUGGAAAUGGAAGCAAGUAUAAUGGAUGGUCCUGGUAGACGAUGUGGUGCUGUUUCGGGACUUACAACCGUGAAGAAUCCGAUAUCAUUAGCUCGUCUAGUCAUGGACAAGUCACCACAUUCCUAUCUUGCAUUUUCUGGUGCCGAGAAAUUCGCAAAACAAAUGGGUGUGGAAACUGUGGAGAAUGACUACUUCAUUACCAAAGACAAUGUUGAAAUGCUCAAGUUAGCAAAGGAGGCCAAUUCGAUUGUGUUCGAUUACAGGAUCCCAAAAGUUGGCUACGAAUCAUGUGCAACGGAAAUCCAAAGUCCAAUACGAAUGAACGGGCUUCCAAUCAACCUCUACGCACCCGAGACAGUAGGGUGCGUAGUAGUGGAUAGCCAAGGCCGUUGCGCAGCCGCAACCUCAACAGGCGGGCUACUAAAUAAAAAAACAGGACGGAUAGGCGACUCGCCACUUAUAGGAGCCGGGACCUACGCAUGUGAUCUAUGUGGAGUUUCGUGCACCGGUGAAGGGGAAGCUAUAAUACGUGGAACUCUUGCACGAGAAGUAGGCGCGGUUAUGGAGUACAAAGGGUUGGGGUUGCAAGAUGCGGUAGACUUUGUGAUCGAAGAAAGGUUAGAUGAAGGGAAAGCUGGGUUGAUUGCGGUGUCGAAAACCGGUGAGGUGGCUUAUGGGUUUAAUUGUGUUGGGAUGUUUAGAGGGUGUGCUACUGAGAAUGGGUUCAUGGAAGUUGGUAUUUGGGAUUGAUACAAAAUCACAUUGUUUAGAUGGUUUAUUAAUUCGUUGAUUUCAUGGGUGAUAAUAUUGUGUGUAUUUCAAUGGCUGUUGUGAAUUGAAAUUUUUUAGUAACUUGAUUCUCCUAAAAUUUUACAA